UUGGGCGGAGCCGCGCUGGGCCCGUUCGGGGAUUCGCGGCUGGAAAGGCGCUUAGGGCGCGCGGCCGGGCCUGGCCGGGCGGGCAUGAGCCAGGCCGCCGCAGCCUGUCGCUCCUCCUCGGGCAGCCGCAGCGAGGCCAUGAAGGUGAAGAAGGGCGGCGGAGGGGCGGCCGGAGCGGGGGCCGCCGCCGCGCCCGCCUGCACCGAGGAAGACCUGCGGGGGCGCCGCGCCGGCAUCAGCCCCGAGGACGUGCUGGGGCUCCAGAAGAUCACGUCCGAUUAUUUGUGCACUCUGGAGGAGAACGUAUACAAGAUCGAUUUCACGAGGUUCAAAAUCCGAGACAUGGAGUCGGGCACGGUGCUGUUCGAAAUCACCAAGCCCCCCGUUUCAGAACGGGAGCACGAUGAUAAGAAGGACAUUGACCCGAACGCAGGGCGCUUUGUGCGCUACCAGUUCACGCCAGCGUUCCUUCGACUGCGCCAGGUUGGAGCCACGGUGGAGUUCACAGUCGGUGACAAACCCAUCAACAACUUCCGCAUGAUCGAGAGGCACUAUUUCCGGGACCAGCUGCUGAAGAGCUUUGAUUUCGAGUUUGGGUUCUGCAUCCCCAGCAGUAAAAACACAUGCGAGCACAUCUACGAAUUUCCACAGCUCUCCGAGGACCUCAUCCAGGAGAUGAUCCUCCACCCCUACGAAACGCAGUCGGACAGUUUCUACUUUGUAGACAACAAACUGGUGAUGCACAACAAGGCAGACUAUUCUUACAGCGGCGGACCCUGAGCAAGAGACGAGGCAACUUUUCGAAUCCCGGCGGGAUGGCCUGGGAUUCCGCCUUCCUGCCGGCCCGGGCAGCCAGACGCGAGGACUCUGCGUCCACUGGAGUUUCAUGACUAAAUUAGUGACGUCUUGACUCUUCCCCGAGCUGCGAGGCAAACCCCUCCCCCAGCCUUCCAGGGCGGGUCUCUUUCCCCUGCCAGGCCCUCGUUAGUUGCUUAAGGCUCUCAGAAUAGCUUUGGGUAGUCACUCCCGCCUAGCAAGGCCAGCGUUUUGCACCGGACUGCGUCUCAGCCUCUGGUUUCAACUGCGAAGCGUCCUUUAUGUGGUGUCACUUGUGGGAGCUCUUCGGAUGCGCACCCUCGAUCAGGUGACGCCUAGGCAGUGGUCCUUGGUUGGGGGAGAGGGAGACCAAUAUUCUUUUUUUUUGCAACAGCUCCUGAUUUGCCGUUCAGAGAACUGACGUGUUGUCGUUUUGUGGCAUCUGCACUUGAGAGGGUUAGCUUGGUUUGCGAGUGCUUCCUGGACUGGGGAGGGGGCAGGAUGAGUUCACUGUGGGAUGGCUCUUUUCUCAAAAAAGAUCAGGGGUCGAUGGCGUCACCAGGAUCUGUCAAGAAGACUUCUGGUAUC